AUGGCGGACUCUGGCUGGUGGAACCCGAUCUUCUCGCGCAGUAAGUGUAAGGUCAAGGUUCAGCAUGAGCCCCCUCCUGAGUCUUGCAAUAACUCCUGGAAUAAGGGGCAUCCCAACCUCCCUCAGAUACCCACAGACCCUUUGGACAACCAAUGCAGUGCUAGACUGGAGAAGGAAGUGGACAAGACUAAAGGUUGGCACGUUAAGGUGUCCCGUUCUGGUCGCUUGAAGGAGAAGAAGAAGGUCUGUGGAACACUGGCCGAGAACCCCAUGUUGAUCACAGAAUGUGGUCCCAAUCAGGAGAAACACAGAGGAGAUAAAUAA